UGCGUAAUUGCUCGCGAGCUAUGCUCGCUAUAAUUAGUCUAUGAUAUUGAUUGUCCGAUUAGCUCAGAUGGUAGAGCAUCUGACUUGCAAGCAGAAGGUCGCAGGUUCGAGUCCUGUAUCGGGCUGCACAUUUUUCAGCUCCUAUUACAUUGGUGCCUUGAGUGUGGUGACUAGCCUUGGAAUCCUAGAGCUAGGGUGAAGCAAUGGCUGGCACAGCAGUAAAGGCAGAUGUGGUUUCAAAUGUUCAAAGAUUGUUUGAUGUCAGUGGCAGUCUCUCUACAGGAGAUUUAUACCUUACAGAAUUUAGGGAUGAAUUCUUAAAGCAACAUGUUGACAAGAUUGCCAUCUCAGACACAAAAUUAUCACAGCACGAGAGCAUAGACUUGAGUGUGGCCACACUUCAUUACCAUGUGUUCCAGCUACAGGAAGGAGGUCCAGGUAUGGAAGAGUUGGAGGAUGAAGAUCUUGCAGCAGCCAGUCACUGGAUUCUGCCAUCACGAGACUUUGAUGGAAUGUGGGAAAGCCUUGUGUUUGAUGAAGAUAUUAAAACAAAGUUGCUGAAUUAUGCAGCAACAACUUUGCUGUUCACAGACAAAAAUGUAGACCACAAUAUCAUAUCUUGGAACAAAGUAGUCCUGUUACAUGGUCCCCCAGGUACAGGCAAGACAUCGUUGUGUAGAGCUUUGGCUCAGAAACUUUGUAUACGUCUUGCAGAAAGGUUUAGUUAUGGACAACUGAUAGAGAUUAACAGCCACAGUUUGUUUUCAAAAUGGUUCUCAGAGAGUGGUAAACUUGUGAUGAAGAUGUUUCAGAAGAUACAGGAGUUGAUAGAUGACCCAGAUGCACUUGUCUGUGUUCUCAUUGAUGAGGUUGAAAGUUUGACAGCUGCAAGGAAGAGUGCUAUGUCUGGUAGUGAACCUUCAGAUGCUAUUAGAGUGGUUAAUGCUGUGCUUACACAGCUUGAUCAGAUAAAAAGAUAUCCAAAUGUGCUAAUAUUAACUACAUCGAAUGUAACUGGUGCAAUAGACCUAGCGUUUGUGGAUCGUGCAGAUAUUAAACAGUACAUAGGUCCUCCCUCUCCUUCUGCCAUCUUUAGUAUAUAUAGAUCCUGUCUACACGAACUUAUCAAGGCUGGAAUAAUUGUCUCCUCACAGUCUGUGUUAGAUCUCAGAGCUCUAGAAUUCAUGAGAUUUGUAGAAAAUGAUAUCACUAGAGACAGUUUACAGCUCAGAGAAAUAGCAAUUAAAAGUCAUGGUCUCAGUGGAAGAACCUUGAGAAAACUACCAUUCAUUGCUCAUGCUUGCUAUGUACAGAAACCAGAAGUGUCCUUACAAGAUUUUCUGAUAGCCUUGGACAAAGCAGUGCAACAACAGUUUAAAGAAAGGGAAGAUCUUGUAAAGGAUUCCUGAGUGUGGAGAUAGUGGCAGUACUAUCGUGUCUACUUAGCAAGAUAUAACAAAAAUAUUUGUGGUGGAAGUAAGGAGUUGUAAUGAAAGAUGAUCUCAAAUAAAAAGUUCUGUUUCUUGAGAAUGAAGAAAGAUCUCAAACUUUUCUUGAAUAAUUCAAAGUAAUCUUGUAUGUUUACAUGGUCAGUAGAAUUCUCAUGGAUUAUCAAAACUACCUUGACUGCGGGACAGAUAUGCAGUGUGCUCUUUGAUAUUAUAUAGUGACCUAAACAACAGAGUAGAUUAAGAUUCUUAGCCUUUGUUGAACGUAAAGUGCUACCUUACUGUUUUUAUAUUCAUCAAAAUUGAUAUGCAGAAAGUAUACUGUUAUCUUUACCAAUUUUGUUUGCUCAUAAAAGAUAACCAAGUGGUUAUUGUGGUUGGAAUAGUUUUUUCAAACUUUGUGAUAUAUUGUUAAAAAUGUUUUUAUGUAUUCACUUACUUGAUCUCGUCUGUUAGAGAAAAAUUUGGAGGUAUGUUGUGGGGGAGGGGGAUGAGCAAAUAAUUGAUACAGUUGAUGUAUUUUGUUAGGUCGCUGAAGGCACAGGCUCUAGAUGAGCUGUUAUAAGAGGAUGGUACCCUAACAUACAGUAAAUGUUCGGUUUCUGUCUUUCCAGAAACUCUUACAGUUACAGCCUUCUUAGUCUUAGAAAACUUGGCAUCAAAUCCAAAUGUUUUCACUUCACUAAAUCUUACGUCAGCCAUAUUUUGGGAUAUUCACCAAACUUAAUAUGAAUAAUUAUGAUUUUUUUAUGUGUGAAACUGCACGUUGUAUCGUGGAAUCAACAAUUUUUAAGCAAAUUUUGUUUUUGUUCUCUGCACAGGGAAGAGAGCGUCUUUUAUAGAUUUAUGUAGAAAAUUUGUCUGUUAUGUGAUGCGAGAUACAAAAAAGCACUGUAAGAUUAAUAAAUGGCCGUCACCUUAGGGGAAAACUGAAGAAAAAUGGCUUUAAAAACCAUAUCAUCCCUUGUCCUGACUUGGAAAAUAAAUGAGAAAUUUAGUUUAGUACAAAUUUGUAAAGAAAGAUUGGUUUAAGCUACUAGGUUUAGUCAUUCCGAGACAUUUUCAAGAUUGUAAUCAGUAAUGAUGACAGAACACCCAAGAUGCCCUCCUCUGUUUAUUGUACAUAUUGUAUAGAGGUUAGAUGCAGAAUUUGUAUGGGAAGUUCAAGGUAUGACAGAAGUAUUAUAAACACAGGCCAACAAUGUAAUACCUUUAAACAGCUAUUAAUUCAAUAUUCUGACCAACCAUUUAUAUAUCUGAUUGUGUAAGACAGAUAAACAGGUCUAUGAAAGUCCUUCUGUUAUAAUACAAGCUUUCAUCAUUCUGAGAAGUAGAAUGCAUUAUAUCCAUUUUCAGCAUUUGUAGGUAUUCCACCAUUUUUGUCUAAACAUUGUCACAUUACACCUAGGCAGAUACUCUUGUUAAAAAUCUGACAUUUCUGCCAAGGCCGUGUUUUCAAAUUGCAAAAUCAUGCCACUGGGAGCGUAGCCAAAGAUGUUGUUUUUGAGGUUUUAAGUUUAAAAGUGAAGAUCAUAGAAAAGUCAAUGUCAUAUAUAUAAAAGUCAGUUUGUAGGUCUUGCCAGAAAUUUAAAUAUGGUCAUUUAUGAGGGUUGUAGGACCAAAUGUUGUUUAUUAAGGUUUUAAGUUUAAAGGUGAAAGUCAUAUGAGGGUCAUGGUCAAUAUAAUAGGGUUAUUAUAACUGUAGCUUGAUCUGGGAUGCAAUAUUCGGCUCGAGUGGAUUUUGCUAGAGUGGAUCCCACGAGGCACGCAAGCGCCGAGUGUGAUCCAACCGUGCAAAAUCCACUCGAGCCGAAUACAAAGUCCUGAGCUACUGUUAUAAUGACACUUUUAUUAUAUACCUUUACCUUUUUGAUUCUUGUUUUGUACAUGAACAAAAUCUUCAAUGUUUAUCGAUAUUAGAUGGAACUUAGUGAAAUUUUUAUGUGCGCUAUUUAUAGAAAUGUGUCGGGUCAUGCAUAAUAAUGAAAAUAGUCCGGCAGCAUACAAUACGGAAGGUACAAUACGGAAUUUAAAAGGUACAAUACGGAAAUUUUUGUCUGUCUGUUCGGGGCUUCCGUGGCCAAGUGGUUAAGGUAGUUGACUUCAAAUCACUUGCCCCUCAUCGAUGUGGGUUAGAGCCUCACUCGGGGCGUUGAAUUCUUCAUGUGAGGAAGCUAUCCAGCUGGCUUACGGAAGGUCGGUGGUUCUACCCAGGUGCCCGCUUGUGAUGAAAUAAUGCACGGAGGGGCACCUGGGGUCUUCCUCCACCAUCAAAGCUGGAAAGUCGCCCUAUGACCUGAAUUGUGUCGGAGCAACGUUAAACCCAACUAAAUCAAAUCAAAUCAAAUUGUCUGUCUGUUCAUAUUUAAUUGUGAAAUACAAGCCGAUUUUUUUACAGAAUUUAUAUAGGUAUAUAAUAAAUGUAUUGGUUAGUUAGUAGGUCUUGCCACAAGGAUUAUUGAAUGUGAGAAUGAACUAAAUCGGGUCAUUAAUGUAGGCUGCAGACAAACAGUAAAAUCUUGAUCGGACGUACAUGUACAGACAGUUCAAUCACUAUAUGCUCAUGGGGCAUAAAAAAAUGUUUUUCAUCAUCAGUUUUCAUUACUAAUUCAGUUAGGCACUCAACCAGUGAAAGGGUUUGUGAACAUGAUUUUGACAAUCGCGCUUUUCAUAAGGCGUAAAAAAAAAAAUUGUUUGUUUCCGGUAUCCCAACCUACCCUAAAUUUUUGGCCCGACCCUAAAUGUUUUUAUUGUCUUGGAGAAUAUUUUUUUCAACUUUUUAACAAAAAAUUGCAAAACUGCACUUUUUAUGCUUUAAACAUGCUCAGUGAUGUUAAAAAUCAACUUAUUGAUGCACUAAAGGCAUAACCCCCUUGUUUGUAUUCAUUUUUUGACACAAAAAUAUUUUCUGAAAAGUCUCCCUUAAAAAAAAAAUUCCCCCCCAAAAAAAAUUUUCCGACCUACCUACCCUAAUUUUUUUUGAGCAUGUUACCGGAAACAAAGAAUUUUUUUUUUUAGGCCUAAGACAUUUUCAGUUCCAGGUACCCUCCAAAGUCGGGAGUUAUUGUUAAAUUUAUUUGUAAUUAUAGUGAAAUGUAUCCAAAUGAGUACUCAAUAAUAGAGCAACUUUUAUAUGCCAGGGACAUACAUACAAUGCUAAUAUUUUUGUGCUCUAGGAAACGAUAGUCAUAUGUCAACAGUCAUGCAAAUGUGCUAAUGUUUUAUAACUCUUUCAAAAUAUAUUAUUUAUGAAAAUGUAUUUGUUACUUUCUUAUGCAAAUGAAUAAAGUUAUA